CUUAUUGUUGGAGAGAGGACCCAAACACUCGACCAAACUUCAGGCAAAUUAUACAGAUGCUCUUGCAUUAUCUGUCUACUAUUUCACCACCAGAGCCCAUUAUCCCUCCUCGGAUAUAUGCUGAAAAAUAUACUGUGUUUCCGCCAGAAUCUCCUGGUACAAGUUCCUUAAUGGCUGCAAGACAUGACUCAGGGGAAACCCCAACAUCCAACAUAGAAGACAACUCUGCUCAAGCAAGGGAGAAAGCUGAAAAAGAGGGAUUUGAAGUAAGCAAUCCCAAGACCCAAAAUUUGGUGGCUAACACAAAGGCCCUAGCAGAAAAUGAAGGGGAGGGACUUGCCAAGCACAGUUGAAGAGUUGGUGGAAGUGGGUCCUGAAAAGUUAAAGGAGGCUCAGAAUGAUGAUUUUC